CAGCGGCCGCGCGCAGACACCCGGCCUGGCUGCCGAGGGCGCCAGCGCGGCCCCGGGGAGCGCGAGGAGCCAGCGAGCGCGCGGCCUGCCGUUGGCGGCCUGGUCCGCUGCGCUCGGCGCCCAUCCGCCCCGGAGUCAGGGCCUCAGCCCGCGGGAAGAUGGUGUCCUGGAUAAUUUCCCGAGCCGUGGUACUGGUGUUUGGAAUGCUUUAUCCUGCAUAUUAUUCAUACAAAACUGUGAAAACAAAAAACGUGAAGGAGUAUGUUCGAUGGAUGAUGUACUGGAUUGUUUUUGCCCUCUACACUGUGAUUGAAACAAUAGCAGAUCAAACAGUUGCUUGGUUUCCUUUGUACUAUGAACUGAAGAUUGCUUUUGUCAUAUGGCUGCUCUCUCCCUAUACCAAAGGAGCAAGUUUGAUAUAUAGAAAAUUCCUUCAUCCACUUCUUUCUUCAAAGGAAAGGGAGAUUGAUGAUUAUAUUGUACAAGCAAAGGAACGGGGCUAUGAGACCAUGGUAAAUUUUGGACGGCAAGGUCUAAACCUAGCAGCUACUGCAGCUGUCACUGCAGCGGUGAAGAGCCAAGGAGCCAUAACUGAACGUUUAAGAAGUUUCAGUAUGCAUGAUUUAACAGCUAUACAAGGUGAUGAGCCUGUGGGACAAAGACCAUAUCAGCCUUUACCAGAAGCAAAAAAGAAAAGCAAACCAACCCCCAGUGAAUCAGCAGCUUAUGGAAUUCCACUAAAAGAUGGAGGUGAAAAAACAGAUGAAGAAGCGGAUGGGCCAUAUUCAGAUGAUGAGAUGUUAACACACAAAGGGCUUCGGAGAUCACAAAGCAUGAAAUCUGUGAAAACCAUCAAAGGCCGCAAGGAGGUGCGGUAUGGUUCACUAAAAUAUAAAGUGAAGAAGAGACCACAGGUGUAUUUUUAGUCAUCUAUACUUCAGAUAUCCUAAAUAAUGCUAAUAGAUCAACUUCAUUUUCUAAUAUGAUAUAUUCAGGAUUUACAUAUUAAAAUAGUUCUUGAAAUUGUGGUAGUGAUAGGAAUUACUUUCAUGAAUUUACAUAGCUUUAUUUCUUUAACAAUUACUUUCAAAUAUUGACUACAAAAGGUAGUUAUGCAAGGCCUACUAAUAUAUGUACAUCAAAAACUACAGAAAAGCAUGUUAUCCAUUUUCACAUUCAUCAACAACACUGAAUGCCUGGGAUAUUAGAUGAAACACAGACCCACACUAUACUUGAAAAGAUUCUUUAUGGUUCAGGAUACACUAACUUUUGUGGUGUUAAACAUUGUGUUUACCUUUAUCUAUGUGAUCUCUAUCACAUGAGGAUAGUAAAUAAAUAGGCCUCUGAUCAGGCAAUGAUAUAACAAGGACAUAAUGUAAGAUAAUAAGGUAUAUUUUGUAUAUUCCUUUAAUUUUUACUUUUAUAAUACUUUCUCGUUUUUCCACCAUUAACUGAAAUUUUUUGAAACAAAUAUUUGAAAACCAGGUAUCCACGUAGCACUUUCCUGACUAGUUUUGCACACUUGAAAAAUGUUUACUUAUUUUACAACUGUACAUUACUUUAAAUUUUGUUGACACUGUAUGCUUAUUUGUCUUAUUCUGACAUGGCAAAUUUAUACCUUGAAAUACAUCAUCUCCUUUCUGUGAGUUUCAUUUGUUAAAUUCAUUGGAUUUAUAAUAUAAAAAUAUAACUAAUUGUUCAAUUAUUACUAUUUUAAUUAUUUCCUUUACAAAUGAAAAGUUAUUUUAAAUAUUAACCAGUUUUCCAUAAUUAGCUGUACAGUGUAGUUGAACUUAGUAUAUUUUUGUCAACACCAAUUACAUUUUCAGCUUUUAAAAAUGGUAGCUUUUGUGAAAUAGAGUUGGAGAUUAGUAUAGUACUUAGAUCUCUUCUGAUUCAUAAAAUAAUCCAACAGCCAAUCCAUUCACAAGCUUGGCAUUAAUAUGUGCUGCUGGUUUAUAAAUCUGGCAUUGACUCAAAUCAUUUGAAUAUUUUUCUGGCUGAGAUAAUUCCCUGAAGAUGAGUGCCGAUACAAAUUCAGACACCAUUAAUCCUGUAUAUCAGAAGUUAUUUUAAAAAAUGUUUUAAUCCAAAAGAUUUUGGAGGCUUUUUUAGGUCGAAUUGAUAAGUAUGUAUUGUGAUCUCUAAGUCAGUAUAUUUUUGGCGAUGGUUUUAGUGAUCAGUAAUCCAAUUGUACAAGCUAAUUUACUUGACUGUUUUGCUUAUUUGCCCAAGAGAACACAGAGGGAGAGAUUUGUAAGAUCAUUGACCUUUCUACCUUUUAAGAAAGGAAGCCAGUUGGUGAUAUACAUUCAGGAUCUCCUCAGAGUAUUAGCCAAGAAUUCUAUGUUUACUCAGGAGUACCUUGAGUAAGGUAUAUUUAAGUAAUAUUAAAGACUAAUAUGGAUGCAACUAAUAUGUUGCAUCCAUAUUAGUAUUUAAUAUUUUCUGGACUAUCUCACAUUCACACCAAAUAAAACUUCAAUUUUUUUUCCUCCCAAAAUUUAACUUUGUGAACACCUCCAUCUUUACCUUGAGUAAUUUUUAGCCUCUUAGUUUCUGGAAGGACUCUUAAUUCCUUUUCAAAAUCCCUAUGAAUUCUAAUUAUACUGGACUUCUUAAUAUAAAUGCUACACUGUGCUUGCUCUUCCUAGGCAGAGGCAAUGUCAUCUCAAAUCGCCUGAUAAGGUCAUGUAAGUGACUUUGUAUCAAGAACAUUAUCUAUGGGGGCUGGUUGGUGCCAUUUUACCUUUUUUAAAUCUAAUCUCAGUAUUACACUUUUCCUGGUGGUAGAGCACAUGCAUAGCAUGUACAAGGCUCUUGGGUUCAAUCCCCAGCACCAUAAAAUAAAAAUUAAAAAAGAAUAAGUACUACCACAACAACAAAAAAGCACCAUCCUUUAGUAAACUCAUACUAUUUUAAAUUGAAAGAAUUAUUUAUCUUGUAGGGUCAAAAUGCUUCAUCAAAGAUACCUGUCUCACUAAUGCAAAGUUCUUCUGUUUAAUUACACUCCUUCAUGUUCACAGUCCUUCCUCUGAUAUAUUUCUACUGUUGUAUCUUACACAUAGUUGAUACCUUUUUUAUUUCCUAUCAUUUUCGUUUCAUUUUACAUUUCUUAGAGUUUCUGUCACCUUAAUGUGUUUUAGCAUUCCUUUUUUGAUCUUUGUGAAAUAAACUUACACAUUUUUAUUUCUUUUAAGGUAGAAUAGGGCUCGCUCGCUCUCUCUCUCUCCUUUUAAGUUUACUGAUUUUUUUUAAAUGUAAAUUUAUCCUUAGACCACAGUGCCUUGCUUUUCUCCACUGCCCGUUGAGGCCUAGAUAUUAAGUGUUUUGGUAGCUGUUGGAAUUUAUUCAGAAAUUAUAGCCAGUAUCUUAUUUUACUAUUUGUUCAUUCAGUUUGCUCACUAGUACUUAACUGUUUCAAAAGUUUCUUUAGAAGUAAGAACUGAUCUGUUCUUUAGGGUAUUGUUUCUGGUGUUGCCUAUCAGGCUAAGUAAUAAUAUAAGCCCACCCAAGUCUGACAUAAGAUCCCCACCACACACCUCACUGUGUAUGCAUAUUUGGCUAAAAAAUAAUACUGCCACCAUUACUUAUUAUAAAUACUUGACUACACUGUUUGAUGGAACAAAAUUAUCAGUGAGUUUUCAGGGAUCUUAUUUCAUAUGUCACCACCAAAGAUUUCUACAGUAUUAUAAAGUAUGUAAAUAUUCUAAUUCCUAUAAAAUGAUGGUUAGAUAAAUAUGUUUUCAUUCUUUCUUUUUUUGUAAUAACACGGUUUGUAUUUUUGGUAAAUGCUUGAAAUUUUAUAUUAUUAAAAUAUAUUAUUCUAAUAUUAAAUACAAGUAAAUUUUACUUUUUAAUUGGAAUGGGCUAAAUUUUCUUUAAUAUCACGAAAAUUGGGGAGCUUAUAUAUAUAUUAUAUAUAUAUAUUAAAUAUAUAUAUUAUAUAUAUAAUAUAUAUAUAAUAAAUAUAUAUAUUAUAUAUAUAUAUAAUAUAUAUAUAUUUAAAAGCAAUUUCCUGUGUUUUCUCCUGUAUAGAUUGAUUCAUCUGUAAAGCAAUUAGGUAAAAUUUGAGAAGAUCAUUCAUUGUUAUUGUGGUAUGCAGUAUAUAAUAUGUCUUAGUAAACAUCAUUUGCAAUUAAAGCUUUCUGAAAGGAAGGCACAGCUUUUUUCCUUAAAUAUCUUUAAAAUUUAAUAUUUUAGUAGUAUUCUGAAGAUUUAAUGUGUAUUAGUGCCUUUCAAGCAUUGACCAUGACUUAAUAUUUUCUCUUUUAUAACACCUUCUACUCUGUGUACUUUAACAGCUAAAAGAGAAUAAUUUACAAAAUUUUAAUGUCUUUGUAAAGGUUAUCUUUAUCCAAGUAUGUGGGUAAAUUUACAAGUGUAUUUUUGGAAAACUUUAAGAUAAAAUAAACUAAUUUUAUUAGUGGCAA